AUGACGCCCCCGAAACCCAUCCACCCCAAACUCGCCAGAAAGCGCAACAAGCAGCUCCUCACCAAGCUCGUCUCGGCCGGCCUCUUCGCCUUCAGUGUGCUGACGCGCGGCCCGACGCUGCUGCGCCUGCUGCUCCGGUCGCGGCUCGAGCCGGCCGGCGCGGCCGAGGCGCACGCGCCCGACGUCUACAGCCUGGGCGUGAUGCUGCUGCUGAUGGACUGGAUCGGGCACGCCGGCCACGUCGGGACCACGUUCCGGCACCCGCCGAGCGGCGCCGGCGACGACGGAAAGUGGAGCCGCGAGGAGGAAGUCGGCAGCAGCAGCAGCAUCCUGCUCACCACCAACGCCGUCGCCUGGCUGAGCCUGUCGGUCCUGCUCGCCGCCAUGGCACCCUACGCGCACCGCGACGCCCUCUUUUGGCUCGCCGUCGUCUUUCAGAUCGCCGCCGGCUUCGUCAUGCCCGCCAGCGUCGCCAUCUGGCGGAGCCGUAGCCGGUUGACGCGGUUUGCGCGGCGGGGUCGGGCGUCCGGCGUGCCGAGACGGGCGCGGAGGGUAUCGAGGCCGCGGCGCAUGGAGGGUGCCGCUGGGGAUGCUGGGGAUGGAGGGGUUGUGGCUGGCGAGGUUGCGGCUGACGAGGUCGCGCUUGGAAAGGUUGCUUCGGGAGGUGCUGCUCACCGGGACGCUGCUGCUGGAAAUGUUGCUGCUAGGGAAAUUGCUGCUCCAGAGCCUGCCCUUGUUCGGUUCGCGGCGCCUAGAGAUGUGGCGUGA